AUGUGUCGACUGUCCAAUGCUGGUUUGUUUGGAUUCAAGGCUUUUGCCAAACAACACCUGCCAGUACGUAAUGGUAACGAGUCGAUGACUUAUCAUCUUACCACUUACCCGCAGACACAUCGUAACGACAUGAAAAGGACGAAACAAAAUAAAAUCUCUAACCGCCGUAAAAAGCAAGUCGAGAAGAGCGCACGAAACCACGAGCAAAACCAGACACCCGAGUCCGACACUGAGGAGAGCGUCCAGCUGCCACGAAAGAAAGUAAGAUGGGAGGGCAAUUCCGAAUUAGUGACAGCGUUAGCAGAUACGGAGAACGGUAGCUCAGAGGACGAUGCGAGCACAUCAAAGGUGAAGUUGCGCAAAGACUGUCGUGUCUCAGGAUACGUUGCAGGCGCAUACUAUGAUUCCGUCAGGUGCAUAGUCUAUGUGCUUGAAGACACGCAAGAGGAUGCUCACUUCGAUCUCACGAACAUGCUUCUCGAACAAUGCAACUCUGACGUAGUAUUGACCAGCUCCAAAGCCGAUGAUCCGUUCAUAUCGGUCCUCCAGAAAUAUACUGAGGCCUCUGGAGGGGUCUUUCAAAUCAGACCUCAUAAAGAAUUCUCUUCUCACAGAGGGAGAGAUCGCUUGCUGUCGCUCCGAUUUCUCUCCGAGUUGGCAACCGAAGAUACUGGUCAAUAUUUAUCAGUUGACAGCAGCUCAGGCGCUGAGCCAAGGAACGCAUAUGAAUUUAUGCAGAAACGCAAACAGGCAGCAGGCGACCCAACUAUGAAAAGAUGGAAUGCGGGAAUUAGGUUGGCCAACUAUGCGUCGCUGGAAUCUUCUCCUCUUUGUAUCUCGUGCCUUGGUGCUUUGCUGGACUACCUUGCGAGGGAGCGAGCAGCGAGCGACCUGGAUGAUGAUACAGGGGUCGAGGGGCUCAACAUCUCCGGUAUCGAGGUGUUGACCAUAGAUAAGGUCAUGCAUAUCAAUGCUGACGCACUUUUUUCCCUUCAGAUUUUUGAAAACGAGAGCCACGCGUCCAUCCACUCCGAUAAGACAAAAGAAGGGUUGUCGCUUUUUGGUAUCCUUGACAAUACUCGGACAUCCUUGGGUCGUUCAUUGCUCCGCACCUGGCUCAUGCGCCCGUCUCUGUCCAUUCCUACCAUAGCAGCCCGCCAUGACGCCAUUGAAUGUUUUCUACAUCCGGAGAACUUAGCACCUGCGAGUGCUUUGCAAACUCACUUAAAAGGAAUCAAGAAUAUUCCGAGGACUCUCGGGCUCCUGCAGUCCGGGAAAGCUGGCGUUGGUGACUGGCAAGGCCUAGUGAAGUUCACAUAUCACUCUGCAAUGCUACGCGACGCCCUUACGGAACUUCACGGAGGUGAUCAAGUGGGAGUUGUACGAAAGUUAGUUGCAUCGCUGGACAUUGCGAGCUUCAAGGAAAUUGGAAAUGCUGUCAACGAGACAAUUGACUGGGAGGAAUCCAUCAGCAAUAAUCGCAUAUGCGUUAGGCCGCACAUCGACGAGGAACUAGAUCAGAGGAAACACGUCUAUGCUGGAUUGGACGCUGUCUUGUGCAAGGUCGCAGAGCAAAUAUGCCAAAAUAUUCCCGUGGAUUAUACGGAGUCUCUGAACGUGGUAUAUUUCCCACAGCUAGGUUUUUUGAUCUGCAUUCCGAUGCAGGAGGAAUGGAGAUCUGAGGAGGGCAUCAAGGUUCUAGACGGAUGGGGCUUCCAGGUGAGUCUCGACGCUGUUCGUGCCGAUCUCAAUGCACAUGUGUAUUUCAAAUCGGAAGAGAUGCAUGUCGGUGCGAGUUUUGAUCAUUUCAUAUCAGUCAGAGACUCACGGGCAACAGACCGUGAAAUAGAGAUCGUCCAAGAGCUCUUGGAACGGAUCCUUGUAUUCAGUGAAGGAAUGAGACACACAUGUGACAUUUGUGCCGAACUGGACUGCCUGCUUGCCUUCGCCGAGGCAUCUCGGGCAUACAAUUAUUGUCGGCCUCAGAUGUCAGAGGAUCCUAUCAUUGACAUUGAUCAAGGACGACACCCUUUACAAGAGCAGGUAGUCGACAUUUUUGUUCCCAAUAAUGCUCAGCUCGUAGCUGGUAUCGGUUUCGGUGAUAGCGCUGAACCACAGACUGAGAUUGACAGUCUCCCGAUGGCUACCAGCGUUGUUUUGUGCACUGGCGCGAAUGCGUGCGGAAAGAGCGUCUACCUGAAACAGGUUGCUCUGAUUCAAUACAUGGCCCAGGUUGCGGCAUCUGCCACCUUGGGAAUUGUCGACAAAAUCUUUACUCGUAUACAGACCCGCGAAUCAGUAUCCAAAGUUCAAUCCGCUUUUAUGAUUGAUCUCAACCAGGUCUCCUUAGCCCUCCGGAAUUGUACCGCAAACUCUCUCAUUCUCCUUGACGAAUUUGGAAAGGGGACGAUCCCUGCAGACGGGACUGGAUUGUUUUGCGGUGUCAUCAAGCAUCUUCUCAAUCGAGGAUCUCAGUGUCCCAAGGUUUUAGCCGCCACACAUUUUCAUCAAGUCUUCCAGAAGGACAUGCUCGAUCCCCACAAGUUUCCGAUCACGUUCCUCCACAUGCAGGUCCUCUUCACUUCAAGCAAAGGCAACCUCCUGAAUCCUGGUGACAUGUCGAUAUCUGGGGACUCAGAAUCAACCUAUCACGAACGACCGGAACCUACAUCUGUUGUCGCCCCUGGAGAAAAGAUAACCUAUCUUUAUCGCGUCUCCCCGGGUCUUUCCCGCAAUUCUCAUGCAGCUCAAUGUGCUAUGAUGUUUGGAUUGCCGUCCCGUAUUGCGCAGCGCGCGCAGUACGUCAGCAAAUUGUUGGGCGACCAUGAACUCGGGCAGCUAUUAGAGGAGAAAAUGACCGCGGAGGAGCAAGAAAACAUCAAGGCCGCUGGGAUCGCCACCUACAAAUUUCUGGCCAUGGACCUCACGAACGAUUCUUAUGAAAAGGACAUCAAACUAGGGCUUGUUGAGGCGCUUGGCCGGGCUCCACGUGAAUGACUGUAUUCUACCCAUGCGUAUGUACCGCUGAGAUUCUAUAAAAAUAUAUGCGAGGCCUUCUAACUGGGGUCUCGGGGGAUCUUGGUGCCUAUCACAUGCCAGCACUAGUCUCUUUGUGUAUCUCCACACCAGGGGGUGCGCCCAAAGCUGUUGUGAAAGGUCAAAAAGCGGAAUAUGAACCUUCCUUGAUGCUUGCCUUCUUUAAUUGCACCAUACAGUAAGAACUGCCCGGACACGAGGCCCGCAGUCAUGAUCAUCCUAGGUCCAAGACCAGCGAAAAGGCCACGGAAACC